CGGUGAAUUUGGAAAGCAACAUUCUUCGGGGCUUUUGAAGUCCACGUGGGUUAACACGUUCCCAUGGCCGGCCAGAUUAUCAUUGCUACAUGGUUAUAUAUGGUGUCGUUCUACGUUACUCCAUUUGUAUGAAGUCUUCUUUUGGAAAAACGUUUCUUCUCAAAGCUCGAAAAGAAAGGGACAAAGAAGAGACAGAUGGAGGAGAACAACGCAGUAGUCAAGUCAAGAUUCCAAAGGGUUUGUGUUUUCUGCGGAAGCAGUGCUGGAAAGAGAAGCUGUUAUCGCGAUGCCGCUCUUGAGCUUGGCCAAGAACUGGUGUCUAGGAGGCUGGAUCUUGUUUAUGGAGGAGGAAGUGUCGGCUUGAUGGGUCUGGUUUCUCAAGAGGUUCAUCGUGCUGGUGGGCAUGUUUUAGGAAUCAUCCCGAAAAGUCUGAUGAACAAGGAGAUAACCGGAGAAACAGUCGGAGAGGUGAAGCCAGUCGCUGACAUGCACCAAAGGAAAGCAGAGAUGGCCCGCCAUUCUGACUGUUUUAUUGCUUUACCGGGUGGAUAUGGAACUCUUGAAGAGUUAUUAGAAGUGAUCACAUGGGCCCAGUUAGGAAUCCAUGACAAACCAGUGGGUUUGAUUAAUGUAGAUGGAUACUAUGACUCUCUCUUAACCUUCUUCGACAAAGCAGUUGAUGAUGGCUUCAUCCAUCUCGCUGAACGAAGCAUAAUCGUCUCUGCUCCAACUGCGAAAGAGCUCGUCCAGAAGCUCGAGGAUUACGUACCUCUGCACGACGGCGUUGUCGCCAAGGCCAAUUGGGAGGCUGAGCAAGUGGAGCUCAAUACAUCUUUGAAGACUGAGAUUGGGCGCUAAAUAAUCAGGAUGAAAAAUAAAAUCGGAUAAAAGCAAUGCUAUCGGAUUGAAAAUCAAUAAUGAUGGAUUAUUAGCUGGU